CCAAUAACUAAAUGGUCCGUGACCUACACCUCUGAAGGAAGCACAAACCGGACUCCAACUUCGUCGUUCUCGACAAGCAAACAUUCUCCUCCUCUCGGCGCUCUCUGCUGACUCUGGAUCAGCUUCCACACCCCGCUCGUCCCCAAGCGCCGACCUUUCUGCUGACAAACAUUGCCCAAAAAAACUGUCCGGGGAUCAGGAUUCGGCAGCAAAGCUGCGGCAGUUUAAACUCUGCCCCCUUUUCUAAAACCCAGCCAACCUGUUGAGCGUCACGGAGCACUGAAGGGAGGGUGUUGGCGCAGCGUGUGGAGCGAAGUCGCAGCUUCACAGUCACGUAUCCGUCCGCUCGUGAGAAUUUUCCUCGUGAUUUGACUGCCGCUGCUAAAUUCAAAGCGUGAAGAUGCUGAAGAUCUGUGCUUUGGUGUUAAUGACACUUGUGUCCUUGGUGUUUGCAGAAGAACUGAACUCGGAAGAUGACCCUUUCACCUUUGACUAUCACAGACUGCGUGUCGGAGGCCUCAUCCUAGCUGCUGUCCUCUGUCUCAUUGGGAUCACCAUCCUGCUCAGCGGCCACUGCAGGUGCAAGUUCAACCAGAAUAAGAGACGGAGGACAGGAAGCAAUGCUCAGCAGAUGCUCACCGAUCAAGGUCGUGCCUGCGACUGCUAGAUGUCCACCAGAACACAGCGACUUCCCAAAUCUGCAAGCGACGGAUGAGCGCGGGGACUCACGACACCCACCAGGACCCUUUUGUUUAUUUACAGCAAUAAACAAAGAGUAGUCUGUGUGCGCCUGAUCUGAGGUGUGACGCUUUCUACCUGAGCUACUGAUCUUCAGCUUGCCCCUCUACAUAUACACACACGCUCAGACAUACAUGCAGUUUUGUCGCUUUCAUUUCAGUCAGUUUACCUUUUGUGAAACUGUGUACUGUUUUAAAAAAAAACAAAACACAUUAACCAGCUGUGAUGCCCAGCUGCUCACAACAGAAAUUGGUCAUUGACACAUCUGUCUUUAUGUUUGUAGUUUUUAUGUAUUGAAGUGAAAUAGUAACAGAAGCCUAUUACCAAAUAAUACUUAAAUGUUUCACACUACUUCUGACAUCUGUACUGUACAUCUGAGUCAAACCUUGAUGUAGAUAUUAGUCACUUACUGUGACUUACCUAAACCUGUGCUUUUGUGUAAAUUAUAUGAAAUCCAUGUAUUCGUGAGUAAUUAGGGUGAUGCGGGGACUUCAUCAGAAUCUGUUCAUUUCCACAUUUUGCUUUUUGGAAGUGUGUAGUGGAUUGCACUGUUCAGAGUCCUGUUUCUAUAAAAGAAGUACUGAAACACC